UCAAGGGAGAGGUGCUGGUUUGUGCCAUGUCUUUGAACCUCCUAUUCCAAGCCAGUGGACAUUUCCAAGUUGGGUGUGAUUUUUGCUGGGGCACAGAAGAACAUUGGCUCCACAGGGAUCAUGGUGGUGAUCAUCCACAAUGACCUGCUGGGGUUCGCCCUCAGAGAGGGCCUCCCAGGCCGGGAGCACAAAGUGCAGACUGGAAACAACUCUUUACACAAUGCACCUCCCUGCGUCAGCAUGUACAACACGGUCUUGGUCCUGGAGUGGAUUAUAAACAAUGGCAGUGCGGCAGCCAUGGAGAAGCUUAGCUCCAUCAAAUCGCAAAUGAUUUACGAGAUCAUUGACAGUUCUCAGGGAUUCUGUAUAUGUCCAAUGGAGCCCCAGAAUAGAAACACAAUGAGUAUUCCAUUCCACAUUGGCGACGCCAAAGGAGACAAUGGCUUUAGAAAAAAGGUUUCUCCAUAAAAACUCAUUUUUGUUUAUUUGCUUGUUUUGUUUAUCUCCAGAUAAAGCUGUUGGUUAAAUAUAACAUCCCUGAAAGAGCAUAGGUCUAUGGGAGGCAUCCAGGUCUCUCAGUGUAAUGCAGUCUCACCACCAAGGACAUUCAGAGCCUGCAGCCUACAUGAGGAAUUUUUUUGGAGAUGCAUCAGCUGUGAACACGUCCUAACCAACAUACAGUCUAC